AUGGCCGUCUUCUCCGCCGCGAUCUCUCUUCUCCUCGUCCUUCUCUCUGUUUCCUCUCCUUCUGCUCACGGAAACUCGUCGCCGGCCGUCGAUUGCAACAACGUGAUGCUAAACCUGGCGGGAUGUUUGUCUUUCGUGACGAUCGGGAGUACGGUGGAUAAACCAGAGGGUUCGUGCUGCUCCGGUUUGAAGAAAGUGCUCGCUACCAACGCCGAAUGUCUCUGCGAAGGGUUGAAGAACAGUGACUCUAUGGGAAUCAAACUCAACAUGACCAAGGCUUACACUCUUCCCGUCGCUUGCAAACUUAACGCUCCUUCGACCGCUGCUUGUGGAUGGUCUGCUAUUCCUCCUGCUAGUGCGCCAGUUCCGGUUCCUUCUGCUGGACCAGGGCCAGGAUCAGUUCCAGGAACAGACUCUGCUCCAGCUCCAAGCCCUUCUCAAGGGACUUCAUUGAUCCCAAUCUCUGGCUUGUCACUUGUAAUCAGCGGCGCGUUGGUCAUGUUGUUCUCUCGUAUCUGA